GAAAUAGUCACUAUUGUAGUGUUUGGGGUGGAGUACAUAGUGAGGAUAUGGGCCGCCGGAUGCUGCUGCAGAUACAGAGGAUGGAGUGGCCGUCUGAAAUUCGCCCGCAAGCCCUUCUGUGUGAUCGGUGAGUUUUACCCCCUGCCUGUUCUGAGUCAUCAGUGAGAUAAAACUGUCCACUAGCGGUCACUUAACCCUUUACACUCGUGGGAAUUGGUCUAUAUGGAUAGGGCUAAAUUAAAAUGUUUUUUACAGAAGAAAUAUAAAAUGCAUACGCAUUAGCAUGGUAGUAAUUAAAAGGGAACUGUUUGGAGAAUAUGGGAAAAUUAUUAGACCAAAGUUGAGGACACAACAGUUCACCUGACACAAGACUGAAUCCAAACAUUACACUAUUGAUUUUGAUGUGUAUUUUACAUUUACUGUACUUUUCGUUGUAUUUGUUGAUAAAGAAAUCUGAAAAUACUCUGGAUACAUUCAGUAACAAAAUAAUAUUGCUGGAAAAUGUAGGGUAGAUGCAACAUAAGACAAAAACAAGGGUUGGAGUGAGAGGACUAACUGGUGUCUACAAGUGACCACACACCUCUUCCUGGAAGAUGAAAUUGUCCCAGUUUUUCCAUGGCCUGCAUACUCACCAGACAUGUCACCCAUUGAGCAUGUUUGGAAUGCUCUGGAUCGACCUGUACGACAGCGUGUUCCAGUUCCCGGCAAUAUCCAGCAACUUCACACAGCCAUUGAAGAGGAGUGGGACAACAUUCCACAGGCCACAAUCAACAGCCUGAGCAACUCUAUGCGAUGGAGAUGAGUCGCGCUGCAUGAUGCAAAUGGUGGUAACACCAGAUACUGACUGGUUUUCUGAUCCACGCCCCUACUUUUUUUUAAAGGUAUCUUUGACCAACAGAUGCAUAUCUGUAUUAACAGUCAUUUGAAAUCCAUAGAUUAGGGCCUAAUGAAUUUAUUUUAAUUUACUGAUUUCCUUAUAUGAACCGUAACUCAGUAAAAUCUUUGAAAUUGUUGCAUGUUGUGUUUAUAUUUUUGCUCAGAAUGUACGUUUUUUUUAUCUCCUAGUUGUGCCGUUGAGGAACUAAAGCGAGCACAUUAAGUUGUUUUGUUUGGAACACAACCCUGGAUCCCCGCCAUCACAGAAUUACUGUUGUUGUUUACACAAUCCAAAUAUUGCCCAUUAUAAAUCGCAAUCUGGGUCAGGUGGGCAUCAUUUGAAAGCUUGUUCUAUUGCCAACAUGACUAGCAAAGUUAUAAAAUACGAUCUUACAGUGUUAGGCUUUCACAAGGCAAUUCAGAGAAACAGAUUAUAAUUUUGUUGCACAUAAAGAAGGAUUCUUGAGUGCAUUCAGGUGCUUGUGCCGCGGCGAAUUUUCUUCACAAUAGACAAAUAUGCUCAUUCUUUUCAGAACAACCAAUGGCAUGACGCCAUGUCAUCUUGUAACUGUACAUCAAACAUAGUGAUCAUAAACGUUGACACUGUAUAUGAGAUGAGCUUGAUAUGGAAAUGUGAAGUGCACAUUUGGACUCGCGGGUGUUUGGCUUGCUUGUAUGACAUUAAAGUGGUAUUUAAUAUAAUCCCUUAACGUCUCAUCUUUCAAAAUACAUUGAGUCCUCUUAAUUUACAGCAUUUCCCUCACUCAGACAACAAAACAUUUGCAAAAGUUGACUAAUUAGCGGGAGGGAUGGGGCAACUUCUUGUUGCGUGCGGUGCUCAUGUUCAGAACGGCUGUCAGUCUAAACCCAUAUAGCGCUGUGAAGCGCAGAGUCUGAGCUCUGACGUCAUUUAUAGCAUGUUACUAUACAGCCACUGCAUUCUAAUUUAGGCGCUUACCAAAUCUGCCAUUUUCAACUCUUAUACAGGUGUAAAGAUAUACGUGGUCUGUUUGGUAAUUUAUUCCAUGGACUGCUUGGUCAUUUUAUUGCAUACAUAUUGUUUCUUCUUUCUUCUCAAUUUGGGCCAAAUAUACCCAUAUCUCUUCCUUCCCCUCUGAUUUGUGGUGAUUGUUCUAGCACAAAAUGGCUGCCAUGCAUCUCCCAGGCCAGGUGGCUGCUGGCUGUGGGUUGGUGGUGGAUGAUGAAAGUGAUGCCCAAACUUUAAGUGCUUCAUCAAAUCCCGCCUAACAAUACUUAUGGCUAACUCCCCGCUAACAACUUCUAUCCAUCAACAAUAUACAGUACUUGAACCCAAUAAAACUGUAGAGAGGAGAUGUUUUCGUUCAAAAUGUGGGAUAGGUUGUGUGCUGAACUGUGUCUCUCGAAGAUAGAGAUCCUUGAUUUCCUCACAACUGAAUUCUGAAUUCAACUCUGUUGUCCAUGUAUUGUCUGGCAGUACAAAACAUUAAGAACACCUUCCUGCACCGGUGGUGGAUGACGAAAGUGUUCCACAAGGAUGCUGGCCCAUGUUGACCCCAAUGCUUCCCACAGUUGUGUCAAGUUGGCUGGAUGUGCUUUGGGUGGUAGACCAUUCUUGAUACACAAGGGAAACUGUUGAGCGUGAAAAACCCAGCAGCGUUGCAGUUCUUGACACAAACCGGUGCACCUGGCACCUACUACAAUUUUUUUUUUUACCCAUUUACCCUCAGAAUGGCACACACACAAUCACAAUCCAAUGGCACACACACAAUCCAUGUCUCAAUUGUCUCAAGGCUUAAAAAUCCUUCUUAAACCUAAUCUACACUGAUUGAAGUGGAUUUAAAAGGUGACAUCAAUAAGUGAUCAUAGCUUUCACCUAGAUUCACCUGGUCAGUCUAUGUCAUGGAAACCUCAAGUAGCUGUGGCUUUCUGUUCUAUCAAUAUUUUAUCAUGUAGGUGAAUAUAACAGUGAUCAAAUGUCUUAGUUCCAACCGUAUCAGGCAUGAUACGGUUCAGAAUAAAUACCUUCAUACACAUCAUCUUAAUGUUGAUUGUUUUUUAUGUCCUGUGAUAGGAAAAGAUAAAUACAUAUAGCCUAUAUACAUACAGAACAUGCACACAAAUAAAAAUAAAAUGUAUCUCUUUCCCAGAUGUCAUGGUGCUGAUUGCGUCCAUCUCUGUGCUGGCGGCUGGAACCCAGGGGAAUGUCUUUGCUACUUCUGCCAUCAGGAGUUUGAGGUUCCUGCAGAUCUUGCGCAUGAUCCGGAUGGACCGCCGUGGAGGCACAUGGAAACUCCUGGGAUCUGUCGUCUACGCUCACAGCAAG